CAGACUACUGAGUCACUCUGAGUCAUCUUUCCAAAUAAUGCUUGUGCCGUGAUGUCUGCUUCUCGUUCCCUCCUACAUACUACUAAUAUUAAACCGAUACCUCGUAUGUGUGCAAUAAAAUCGUGAUCCAGCGCAGCGCAGCUAUUCACUCUCUGAGAUUACUCAAGGCAGAGACAAGUGUCAUCGAGCCGCACUCCUAGAUGACUGUGAAAACUACACAAUAGCCAUGAGUGGGUUACUGAAACGCAAAUAUGAAGCAUUGGAAGAGGACUUUACAUACUCCUCUUCCUCCUCAUCCCCUUCGUCAUCAUCCACCUCUUCUGGAGGAGAAUCAGACGAUGAGUUUAACUACAGCCCGAGGCCGCUCCUGAGCGACUUUACCCCAACGUCCAUCUUAAAGAAGGCAAAGCGGGCUAAAAAGAACAAAGUUCAGUUUGAUCGGGUGAUCGUCUUCUACUUCCAACGAUGCCAAGGUUUCACAAGCGUGCCAAGUCGUGGAGGUUGCACUCUGGGAAUGCGGCGAAAACACAACUACAGCAUUCAGUUCACAUUGGAAGAAUUUUCCAGGGAACAGUUGAACAGGCGUAGGGAGAAACUAAUGGAGCGAUUAAAAGAAGAGAAGCUCUUGGCUCUAAAGAAUAUGUUUACAAAGAAUGGUACAAUAGAGUCAGAAAAGGCCAAUAACCUCAGCAUAGACGACAUCUGCGAUGAAGAUAUUGAUAUGACCAAUGCAGAAGUCGAAGAUGGUUUUAGUCCACGAAUGUACCCUCCCAAGAGACGUCGGGUGUUGUUAAAGAGCGAAGGCGUGAAGAAGAUUGACAAAAGUGAAAAGCAUGAACUUAGUGAAAUCCGGAAGUCAAGAGAAGAAUGUGGCUGCGAUUGCCAAGACUUCUGUGAGCCAGAGACUUGUAGUUGUAAUUUGGCCGGCAUCAAAUGUCAGAGAGACCAUUCAUCUUUCCCAUGUGGAUGUACCAAGGAUGGAUGUGGAAACCGAAAUGGAAGAGUAGAAUUCAAUUCGUCCAGGGUACAGACCCAUUUUAUCCAUACGGUUAUGAAACUUGAGCUUGAGGAGAAAAGGCAAAACAACAACAAUAAUAUUAAUAAUGAUGAUGGGAAUGACGAGCCUGAAAUGUCAUGCAGUGAAAGACUGAAUCCUUUUGGGUGCUCCUCUGUCGAACCUAAUGAAGAUCAAGAAAUGACUGGUCCCACCACUGCCAUCUGCACCACCACAUCCGCUGCCCCUUAUCAUUUCAACAUAGACUUGGAGCCAGCAAGUGAAAAUAGUUGCAGCAGUGACACAACGGACAGCUCCUCCACCUCUGGUCAGAGUGACAGCUCUGAAGGCCCAUUCGAACUUGCGUCUUCGUCUGAUAAAUCCCAGUCAGAUUUUGAAGAAGACUAUCUCGCUAGGAUUCUUCAUUUCAACGACUCAGAGUACGAGGAGAACAGCAGUGACUGCCAGGACAACUUGAGCUUCUUUCACAAUACAGAUUUUUUCUGCGAUAAGGUUUACGAAUCGCUCUACAGCUCAGAAAAAUCAGCUAGCGGAUUGUACUCCAACUCUGUAUCGAACAUUUCAAAAUGUGUGGACGAAAAUGCAAACCAGGGUGCGGAUUGCUUUACUGACAAUGAGGUAUCCAUGGCCAUCUCUACUGAUUCCACUGUGGCACAAGGAGAGCCAGUCUUAAAAAACUAUAUGGACAUCAGCCUUUCCUCGGAAGCAUUUGAUAUUCCUGAUGAAACGGACUACAAUUUUGGACCCCUUUACAAUUCAUUGAAUGAAUAUGAAAACUUGUGUUCCCAGCAAUGUCUGGUGACUCUCCUUCCUGGAUUUACCCCAGCUACAGACACUACGGCGAGCUUCUUGGAAUCUUUGAUAAGCUCUUCAGAGUCCUGUGGUGACAAUCAAUACUUAGAGGAUGCCUUAAAAUCGCCAUCUCCUUUUGAAUCCCUCAUUGCGUGAAUCCAAGCUGUGGAUUAUUUUGCAGGAACAGUCAAUACAAUGAAUAAAAAGGAAUGUUUCUAUGUUGAUUUUUACAUGGAUAACGAUAUAUUUUGGUCUUUUUAUGGGGAAAAGCGCCUUUUUUUUUUUUCUUUUCUUUUUUGGAACACUGUCCCUGCAGUCUGUUUACCUUACAUCUGUUUGAACAAAAUUUUUGUUUUUGUAAAAGACUUUGUACAUAGAGUUUGGGAAAAAAAAAUUCUUACGUUUGUGGACCUGUGAAAAGCUAUUCUUUUAUGAAUGGGUAUAGAAGUAUUCCCAUAUAAACUGUGUUCAAUGCUUUUAAGAUAAACUCUAUUCAUGUAUUUAUUGUAAAAAGAAAUAUUUGCAGAGGUAGUGUGCACUACUCGGGUUUACAAAAAAAUGAAAAACGCAUACUUUAUACAGAGCUGUUUUAUUUAUUGCAAAUUCCAGGAAUGAGACUGAAGCUUGAACUAGCAUGAGUUUUAUUUAAAUUGGAAAUACCUCAGAUGUAUUAUGAGUACAAUCAUAUUUUUUUCCAUAAUAUAUCUGCAUUUAUUUAUAGACAUUUUUUUUUUCCUCCCUAACUUCUGUACCAUAAGUUAAAUGUUCAUACAUUUUCUCUUUCCCUAUUGUGCAAUAUUACAGCAGCAGUCUCCAUUAAUUCAAUACACCACUGGUAAUAUGAAAAAGCACAAGGACGUUAUUGGGAAUGACAGCAUUUGCCAUCCUUGGUAGAUUUAAAUUAAUUUCACCCCCCACCCCCAGACGUUUCAUUUGUGCUCCUUUACAAGCCAUAUUUUUUAGUUCAAUUAUUUAAUCUUUCUUUAAGUUAUUUUCAUAUUUAUUUGCUAUAUCUAAGGAUUUCGCCAUAAGAUUCUAUGCAGCUGAAUGCGCUCCCAGUUGGGGCACCCAGUCAGCUGAACAUGGUGCGGAACCGUUGCAAUAUAAAUAAUGCUACAUCGAGCCACAACAGUAUGAGCAAACACUAAGGGGGAAAUUUAUCAAUGCUUUCACCGAAAAACUGGUGAAAAAGAAAUGCACAUUCUUGCGCAAAGCACUACAUUUUUGCAUAAAACACAUAAAAGGUUGCAAAUUUUUGUCCAAGUAAGUGCUAAAAAAUGUCCGACAUUUUUUCGCUAAAACAUAAACAAAACAAAAAAAACAUUCAUAAAUUCCCUCCUUUCCAUCUGCUUAAUGGAAACCCUAGAUCAGUGUUCCCCAACUUGUGGCUCUUCAACUGCUGCAAAACUACUAUAAAUGCUGUCCGGGAACACUGGGAGUUGUAGUUUUGCAACAGCUGGAGAGUCAUGGGUUUUGAAAUACUGGCCUUAAAGGAUCAGUUCUGUGUUGCCCAUACUAUAUGGUCCCGGCUAUUUAUAUAUAAAAACAUUUUUAUUUUUUUUGUUUCUCAUAUGAAAGUUAUCUAUAUGUAAAACAACAUGAAUUAUUUAUUGCUUUACAACCUUUAAAACACAGUGACUAUAUUUGGUGUUUUUUUUAUUUUAUUUUGUUUUAUUUUAAUUUUAUUUUUUAUCCAGUCCACAUGUAUUUAAGUGAAAAGCGACACUAUUUAAGCUUUAAAUUUUAAAUGCGUAUAUUUAAUUGAUAGUGUUUAAUUAAAAAAAAAGCAAAACAAAAACAUUUAUAGUGUCUAUUAAGAUGAAAUUGUGUUUUAUAUAUAUCUUAUUUCUCUAAAUUAUAAAAAAAACUUUGUUAUUAAUGCCAGAGACCAACACCCAUUCUAUACUACAUUUUUCUUAUUUUUUUCUUUUUUUUCUUUUUGAGCUGCUCUACCAAAAGGUUCCCUAGUACCAUUGUGAAAGAAAGCAUCAAACAGCCUUUUUCAGUACCAGCCUACUGCCAUACCCGUCCGAUACCAGGUCAUCAUAUUUAAUUUUAUGACGGUUGCCGUUUUUUCGUGUGACCGAAUUCACUACUGUGAAAAACUGUUCUGCGCGACAGGACAAACUUUUGGAAAUGACACAUUUUUUGGCGAUGCUGGGGUGUCCUUUGUAAGAGGGGACUGCCAGCUCUGCCUCAAUAUGAUGCUAGCUCGUGUACUGUUCAGGCAAUGUAAGAGUUAAGAAUACCAUCCCCUCACCCUACUCCCACCCCAAUAGUAUUAAAUUUGCAGAAAUGUAUGUAAAUGUGAGUUAAAAAAAAAUGUGAAUAUGGUCUAAAUCAGUAGGCUCCAACCUGUGACUUUUCCACUUGAUGCAAAAGUAUAACUCCCAGCAUACCCGGACAGCCAACGGCUGUCCGGGCAUGCUAGGAGUUGUACUUUUGCACAGUUGGCGGCAUUCUGCUUGGAAAACACUGGGUUACACUAUCAAUCUGCCAUAUAGAGGGUAUGUUCACAUGUUGCGGAAUUGCUGUGAGUUGUAGUUUUGCCACAGGUUGGAGACAGCUGGUCUAAGUUGUGUGCCAAAGGUAUGCAAUGCAUAUAAAGUUUAUUUAAUCACCGGAGUAAAUGUGCCGUAACACUGUUCCAUUUGAGACUGGUUGAUAUCAUGGUUGAUCCAUCAUAUUCACGCACUCUGGCCCUAUGCAUUAAAUAAGGUGUAGUUGGCGUUUCGGUGCAAUGCAAAAUAUUGUUUCGACAUAAUCCUCAUUCUAGCGAUACACACAAGUGCCUUUGCCAGCACUACUUUUGUAUGCCGGUGUUAUUAUUGUACCCAUAUGUCUUUAAUGUCAAUCUAGUAGUAGAAGUGGUAGUGAGCAUCAUCUGAUCAGCAAUACUGGCUUGUUCAGAGUUCCUUAUUUGUUGCUUCAUGGCUCAUCCCAUAUUACACUUUAUGUAUUUGAGUGUCUGGGGGCAUUGAAUUGUAUGCUAGGUUAACCAUAGCUGUGUGCCUAUAGGCUCUCUGUGAAGUUAAAGGGGUAUUCCAGCCUUAUCCCCUAUCCAAAGGCCGUCACGCCCCCCUCCCAUAGACCUGUAUAGAGUGGGCAUGGCGUCACGAGGGGGCAAUGAGGUUUCCAAGACUGGAGACCCGGCCCAGCAGCGGGCCCUCCGUGAUCAGACAUCUUAUCCCCUAUCCUUUGGAUAGGGGAUAAGAUGUAUUUGACUGGAAUACUCCUUUAAGCUAUGGGGACAUACCCCCUUUUUUUUAUUAUUAUUUAUUUUAUCUUUUUUAAGCAUUUCAAGUAAUAAACAUUCCCACUAAAGCUUGAUGACCCUCUAAACGGAAAUAGACUGGUCCUGGCAGCAAAACUCUCUCAAGGUUCUGAGUGUUUUGUCUUUGAAAUGCUGGUGAUCCUCUGGUACUCGUUUUCUAUUUAUUGGCACUAAUACCAUGUUGUUACAACAUUCCUGGGUUACUUUGCAUAACAGAUAUAUAUAUAGAGAAUAUUAAUUUAAGGUAAAUUAAAUAUCCUGCCUUCAUAACUUUGUGCAUUUUAAUUUAUUUGUUUGUGCCAAAAGGAAAAAAACAAACUUCAGAUUGUAUUUUGUUUAAUUUUAUGUAACAAUGUCUCAUGGGUAUUUAUUGACACGGCUUGUAACUAUCUUUAAGGAACCUCUCACAAUUGCUAAACUUUGCCAUUUCUUUGUAAAUACUGUUUUUUUUUUUCCGUAUUUUUUUAAAGCAAAGAGUUUCUGCAACUGCUGUCUGUCAUUUCAUUAAAGCAAUAUGAAGAAAAUAUCCAUUACACUUUAAAUAAAAAUAUAA